AUGGCGAAAGUGAAGCUUACAAGAGACAUUUCAUACCUUCCGGAGGAAGAUUACAACGAUGACGGCAUCGAGGAAAAGGGUAAUUCGUUCCGCGAACAGAAAAGAGGAGGACGCAAUCUGUUGCCGGAAUACCGAACUCUCUGUGAGACUAGGACCAAAAGAGUGCAACUCGAUGAUGCAGAGUUUGAAUAUCAGCCACCUCAUUAUCACGAAGUUUUUUGCAAAGAUUUCGGCCUAUCAUUGGAUCAAGGAAGUGUCUUCGCGUCGUCUCAACAGAAAUGCGCUCAUCCUGGGUUCCACUGCGUCCAAAGGAGUAGAACUCUUUAUGUAGUCAGACGUCAUUGGGAUAGCGAUUGUUGGGAACCAUUUACUAAAGAAAUAGCUAGCGGUUGCGAUUGCAUGUGGCCAGUUUCAGUUUUAGGGGAAAUCUCACCACAUUACUAA